GAGGAAGCCAAAAAUUUCAUAAUGGCAUAUAUACCUGCUGGGAUACGGAGUGAUAUUGUGCGGAGGCUGGGGAGGCAAGGCUUUCGAGAGUUGGCAUCAUUCAUUGCAGCUGGACCAGAUGGGAGAGAUGCAGUUUACGAGAGAGAGGUUUUGGAGGAAGUUGAUCUAGAUGAGUUCAUAUUUGUGAGUUCACUUGCUAACGAAGGUUCACUUUAUAGGCCAUUUUUAAUUAGGUGUUUGGAAGCCGGGAACACUACAGCGCAGUACGUGGAGGGAUUAAGACUGGCUGUGAAGCUUGGGCCUUCUAGACACAGUUUGGACCUAAUGAAAGGUGCAGAGGAAUACGUUGUCUAUGCUAUGUUUGCAUAUGGGGUCUUUUCUAUCUGUGCAGGGAAUUAUGAAGAGGGAAUGGAGUCAAUGUAUGUUUUGAUUAACCGACUUGGAUGGUUGGACUCCAUUGUGCAAAUAGGAGACACAGUGAUGGCUCAAAUUUCGGAUAUAGAACCACCUAUGGCCGGAAACUACAACGCAACUUAUAGGUUUCCUGACGGCGAUGUGCCAAACUGUAUCUACUUUGCAUGCAACGCGCAUGAUGUUUGUUUUGAUUGCAUAAGCUAUUGGUACUCCCGGAGGGUCCGUCAUAUGUGCUGAGAAAGCAUAAGCAGUACUUCGACAUGGCUAUGGCAGACUGUUUGCAACAUAAGUUUUUAUGAUAUCUAUGAGAAUGUAUUUUGCAAUCGUAAGUAUUUAUUCGGUUAUGUAACAUUAUGUAAUGUGUAUUCAACGAGAAUGUAUAAUAUUUUUAUGAAUGUGUACUUUGAUGUGGACUAUGUUGGGCAGUUUAGUUGGCAAUAGAACAAGGCUUAAGAAAAUAAAUGUAGUACACAGAG